UCGCAAGUUAAGCAACGCCAGACACCCGUUUGUUGUUAGCACUUUACGUUUCGCAGUACGCGUAGAACUCGAUAGAGCUACAAAUUUUCUUCUAUGUGAAGUAACCUGAUUCUCAAAUAUCUUCUAUGAACCAGAAAAGUGUAAGGGAACUGAUGUUGCUGGUCAAUUAGAAUUGCUGCCCAGUUUUAGCUCUAAGAAAAUGGUGUCGCUGACAAUUUCAACACUUUCACUCAUAAGAAACUUAAUUGGGAAACCUUCACGUACUUUUGUUCACUCUUUCAAUUUACCUUUUCCAAAAACUAUUCAUAAAUACAUCGAUCAGUCUUUCGUAGAAAAGUAUGACGAAAUUUUUGUCAUAGGUGAUAUUCAUGGCUGCUUUGAUGAACUACAAAUGCUGCUGAAAAAAGCCGAAGCGGAAAAAGAUUCCACCUUAAAGAUAAUUGUUGGCGACCUAGUGAACAAAGGUCCGAAGAAUGCAGAAGUUCUAGACUAUUUGAGGCAGUCUGCUUCGAUACUGGCAGUAAGGGGAAACCACGAUGAAGUAGUGUUGAAAGAGUAUUUCAGCGCUAAGAAUCCAAGCUAUGAGCUAAAAGCAAGCAACCGAUGGAUUAAAGAUUUAAGCUUGGAAAAUAUUAAUUAUCUCCUGGAAUUACCCUUUACUAUAUCCAUUCCAUCUCUAAAUGUUGUAGUUGUACAUGCAGGCCUACUUCCUGGAAUGCCGAUUGAAGCAAAUGACCCCUUUAACAUGGUUUGCAUGAGAAAUGUUAUUGAAGGUGAUUACUUUUGGGAAGGAGGUUUAACAGCGUCAAAACACAUUGAUGAAGGUGAACCAUGGGCAUCAAUGUGGGGUGGACCUCAACAUGUUUAUUUCGGUCAUGAUGCAAAACGAAUGUUGCAGAAAUACCCAUUUGCUACAGGGCUAGAUACGGGAUGUGUAUAUGGUAAUUGGCUUACUGGAGUAUUCAUCAAUGGGCCAAGAAAAGGAACAUUUUACAAUGUAAAAGCCAAGCAAGUUUAUUCUAAAACUAAAUCAAAUGAAUGAAAAAAAUGAAAAUAAUUCUGGACGUAAUUUUAUGUUUAACAUUGAGAAAUAAAGAGAUUUUAUCUGUUUGUA